AUGGUGAGUGUUGCAGCGCUGGGACUGUUCCAGCAGGUCAUAACACAGUGUGUGCCUUACUUGUGCUGCAGCUGCUCUAGGGAGGCGCCGCGCCUCGUAGCUCACUUGCUCAACGCUGCUGUGUGGUGUGGUGCAGUGCGGUGCGGUGCAGGGCUCACUGUCUGGUGUAGGGUGGGUGGUGUGGUGUCCGCUGGCCCGGGCAGAAGCCGGGGUGUGGCGCAUGCGGUUGUGAGCGAGCAGCAAACCCUUCCACCCUGUUCCACCCUGGGAACACCGCGAUGGCUGGUGGAGCACACUGCAGCCCACCACCCAACACAAAAACACAAGACCAUCGCGUGGCGUCGACGUAACACCCCGAACCGCACAGUGCAGAUCUGGACCACAAAGGACUUCAGCCUAAAGGAGCACAAGAGCGUCCGAGGUAACAUAGAAUUUGACUAUGCGACCAAGGUGUGCUGGAGUCCUGAUGGGAAGGCUGUCAUCAUCCACAAGUCAGUCGCCAACACCAUAGAGGUUUACAAGCUUACCAAGAGGCCAGAUGGUUCUCCAGGCAGCCCCCAAAUGUCCAUGACCUUCCCCCAGCACGAUGGGGAGGCGGACGUCAUCGCGCUGGACAUGGCGGUGACAGGGAAGUUUAUCAUGUCCUGUAACAACAAGAACCAGCUCAUCAUUUGGAGUCUGCGUGGUGAGGUGAUGGAGAUGGUGGACACGCGACAUGGUGACACCUACUCUGCUACUCUGUCCCCCUGUGGCCGCUUUGUUGCCACGACUGGCUUCACCCCAGAUGUCAAGGUAUGGGAGGUCAAGUUUGGCAAGACUGGUAACUUCGAAGGCAUCAAGCGUGCCUAUGACUUGACGGGACACAAGGCGGGGAUCUACAGCUGCAGCAUCAACAGUGACUCAACCCGCAUGGUGUCGGUCUCCAAGGAUGGCACCUGGAGGCUCUUCGAUACCAACAUUGAGUACCAGAAGGGCCAGCUGGUGUACCUCCUCAAGUCCGGCCCUUAUGAGAACAAGCAGCAGCCGGCCCUGAUCCGCUUGUCCCCUGAUGGCCGCACUUUUGUCAUCGCCUCCACCGUUUCCCUCACCUUCUACUCCGCCAUCACAGGGGACAUACUCAAUAACAUCAAUGACAUCUAUGCAGGAAACAUUGUGGACUUGCUAUUCGAUCCUGAAAGCAAACUCCUUCUGACUCUUGGCGACAGACAUGUGAGGGUGUUCCACAAUGUUGCAGGCUACCACGCCACCAUACAGGACCUGGAGCAGAGCCACAAAAAGGCCACAUCAGCAUCGAUGAGGGACAGAGUGAACCAGCAAGUGAAGGAAGCAAAGAAGGCGCUGGAGAUGAUACAGAGAGUGACUAGAGUGAAGACCAAGUAA